AAAAAAUUCCAAUAUAUCCGAAAACAGUUUUUUCUUAUUACUAAAAAUGAAAAUGACAGAUGGACAUCACCCGAUCACGUACGAUGUUGUUAUAAACUGUUAGAAAUACCAACGCAAAGGAAAAUGUGAUUGCUGACAGUCUGUGAGACAGGUGUAUCCACAAUGAGUGCGUUGACGAUAUUGGCGGAGGAGUGUGAGCUUCUGAACGACUCCAAGUAUAGGUCUUACAUCACACAGGUUGAGAAGGCCCUCAAAAGUUUUGAGUACACCAGCGAGUGGGCGGAUCUCAUUUCUGCACUUGGGAAAUUAAACAAGGUGCUCGUGGGACACACAAAAUAUCCAGUCAUUCCGAAGAGAGUAACAAUAGGGAAGCGACUAGCACAAUGUCUACAUCCAGCUCUGCCCAGUGGAGUCCAUCUGAAGGCUCUGGAAACAUACGACAUCAUCUUCAAAUGUAUUGGAACUCAGAGAUUAGCCCAAGACUUGUUUAUCUACAGUGCAGGGUUAUUUCCCUUGCUGGGCCAUGCUGCAAUGGGGGUGAAACCUGUGUUGCUGACUGUUUACGAACGACACUUUGUAGCCCUUGGCAAGGAUAUCAAGCCUGGGCUGAAUGGCCUGUUACUUGGACUCUUGCCCGGGCUGGAGGAGGGCUCAGAACUUCUAGAUAGAACUAUCAUGCUGUUGGAGGACUUCUGUCUGGCCGCGGGAUCUGAGUACUUCUACACGUGUUUGUGGGAAUGUGUGAAGUCCUGCCCCAGUGUCCGUCUGCCAGCCAUAACAUACCUACUGUACCACUACAACAAGAAACAAACAAUGGAGGACCAACUCUUCAUGAUGGGACUCAACAUAGAUCUCAUGGUGGAGGCUGUUUGUGGAGCUAUACAGGACACCAAUGUGUUGGUACAGCGGAGUCUGCUAGACUUCAUGAUGCUAGCUUUCCCCAUGCACAAUGACCAGCUCACCAAAUCUGACAUGUCGAAAAUCGUUCUGGCGGUCGUAAACGUGGUGCUGCGGAGGGACAUGUCGUUAAAUCGCAGACUGUACUCCUGGCUACUGGGAUCUAACGUGACAAACCUCGCAGCCCUGAACAUUCCACCCGAGUUCUCCAGGCAGCAUCAGCAGUCGGCGGACAGUAUCUCGACAUCCAGUGAGACGGACCUAGGCUACUUUUACACCUUCUCUAAAGACCUGUUGAUUCAGGCCCUCAAACAGAAGCUGGCUAACGAUGAGGAAGAAGACAUGGACGGGAGGGAGGGGACACAACUUGGGGUGCUCCGACCAUUCAGGAUCCUGAUGAGUUUAUUAGACAAACCUGAGAUAGGUCCAGUGAUCCUGGAGAGCGUGCUCCUGGCUGUGUUCCGAUGUCUGUACCGAGAGUGUGGGAGUUACUCCAAGACAAAACUAGAAAAGAAAGACGGAACGGUAUCUGUAAAGACCGGGAAGAUGGAAGAAGAAAGAGAAGAGCGUACCCACAGUGAGAUCAUCAAGACGUGUAAUCUGCUGUUCGGGGCCUUUGAACCGUACUUUAUCUGGGACUAUGUAGCCCGUAUGUUUGAGGCAUCUUGUCAGAAAUGUGUGAGCUCGAAGAAAAUCCACCGGACCAAUUCUGUACAGGAGACAGACAUUCCGUCCCUCCCAGAACUCUGUACCCUGGUGGCGUAUCUACUGGAUGUUAUCUCAUUGGAGACCUUCCUGGAGACUCAGACAGACCACCUGCCAGACUUGUUAUUCAGAAUCACAAACACCAUGACAACCUACUGCCAGGAUGUCAGCGAGGGGGAUAUGAAAUGUACAAUACAGCUGUGCUCCAAACUCCUCUCUAAAGUGCAGCCCCCUAUGAACGCUAUAGACAAUCAUCUGGAUGACUCUGAGAUCGUACCUGAGUUCCCCGAUGAGGUGAAUUUACAGGACAUCCAACAGCUUAAGGGGUCAGUUCAGAAAAUGGAGGAAAUCUCUGAGGAAGGGAUGACUGAUGGCAUUAAAACUGAACACAACCAGCAGACGGACAGACCGUCUGCUCCAGCAAUGCAGAGAGAGAACACGAUUCUGGACGGGGACCAGCCAACAGGGAGUCACCAGAGCCUGGUGUCCAGUGAUCGGUCAGUGAAGCGCCAGCGAUCUCGCUAUCCACUCAACAUGAUGCAGGCCUGCGUGGAGUGCUAUCAGAACUUUUUUCACAUCUACACCACAAAGAAGGUUCUACAAAGUGAGGAUAUUGCUCCGCAGUGUCUGGAGGGACUAGUUCUUCCCCAGGAGGCUGUCAGGAAUGGGGAGACAGAUUCUGUGUUAGAUACUGCCUCAGACUAUAGCUAUGAGGAUAAUUUUCCUUCAGGUGUUAACCAAUCAGAUCAUCAGAAACUAGUUACAGCAGAUGUCCUGAGAGAGGAAAUAGUGGAUACAUUUAAGCAUGCCUGUAAACUUUUGUCGGAGUUUUCCAACUUUCCAAUUUAUUGUACAGAUUUCCAGAAGGCGCUGAAAAGAUCUCAAACUGAGGGGGAGGACCUGCCGCCAUGGAUACAAGACCUGAUUGCUUGCAACAUCACAGUUGAGAACUUUGAGAUUCAGAGCACGACCAUUGGUAUUAUCCUGGAGCUGAUUCAGCUGACACGCUCUGUCGGUACGGACGACCCAGAUUACUCAACCAUGGAUCAGUCACCAAGAGGAGGCACCGUGUCAGUGAUGAUUCUUCCAGCUCUGCUUCCAAAACACCUCAAGUACCUCAACAACAGCACGGUCUUCUACAAGGUGAUAGCGGACAUUCUGUGGGAAUUUUUGGAUAGCUCUUCUCCUCGGUAUCACCAGCAGGCAGUCAGGAUGUUUCAUCUCCUCCAUCAAGUCGCCCCGUCAGCCUGGGUGUGUGAAGACGUGAUUGGUCGAAAUCUGGUCACCGAUAACCAGGUGAAGAAGAUUGAGGGCUUUAAGAGGUUUGCUGUGUUGUGGCAUUUGACGCGGGACGUCAGAGACACUUCCUCUCCGUCUGGCUCCACCAGGAAGUUCGACAGGUCGAUGUUUGUGGUCCUGGACAGUUUGUGUGAAGAAGACAGUACGGUGAAGGCUGUGGCCACCAAUUGGCUGACCCAUCUCCUACAGCGAGGGGAUAUAGGGCGGGUACUAGAUCCCAUACUGCAUAUGUUGCUUCACCCCGAUACUGCAAGGGUGUCAGUUCAACAUGUAAACAUACAUACCCCUCGUAAAGUUAAUCUGUCGGAGUCAUCGGAGGAGGGUUCAGAAGCUCGGAUCUAUGCAAUCAGCAGUGAAGGAGGGAACAUCAUCUACCAUGUGUCGAACGACGGCCGCAAAAUAACGGGAAGAAAUGCUGAGAAUCUCAAACAAAUUGCCCUAGUGAUGGGAGAACAUGGCACCACCUCACUCACACCACACGACCAGGAACUGCAUUUUGAGCGAGUCCGACCAGACGAUUUAAAUCUUCGCAUUAAUCCAUGGGGAUCGGAAAACUCGCUGGAUAAAUUUGAUGGACUGGGAUUUGAUCUCCCAACACCAACACAACAAACCAGUCUCACAAAUGUCCGAAGGUUAGAUAAGGAGACUUGUGUGAAGGAGGGCAUUUACUUUGGUACUGAAGGAGAGGAGACGAAAGUAAACGAGAAGGGAGAUAAUUCAACCUCUCAGGAGAUUGCUGAAUGGAUUGUGGACUGGAUCGUGGACCAGGUGAUGGAACAAACUACUGCAGAAAAGAACAAACAAAAACCGCUGGAAAGAACGGACAGCGUGACGAGCAGUGAGGUGCAGGAUCAUGAUAUCCUGAACAGCAUAGAGAGGAAGGGUCUGGAAAUGGACUCACCCACAGGAAGUGAACUGGACCUGUCUAAAGCAAAUCCAAGGGAAGACAGUGUUAACACGGACAUACACACAUUACACAUGCACAUGCUUCUUUACACACAGAAAUACGACAGCAAAAGGACGUUAUAUGCCCUGGAAAUGCUCAAAUCUAUUCUGGUCACUUGUCCUCGGCUGGUUGUCACGACGAUGGUUACUACCAGUAUUAGCUCAGUCCGAACGAGGCAGCUAGCAAAACUACAGACUCUGCUGGCCAGACACAGGAAGUCAAUAUUCGGGAAAAAUUUCUUUGGUGAACUUCCUGCAGAAGUGUUGUCUAGUUAUAGGAGUAAUAUGUUCAUAGAAAUAAUGAUCUCAAUAUGUCUGUAUUUUAUUCGUAGUUACUUUCCAAAUUUAUUGAUGAGUAAAUUAUCGACGGAGGAGUUGAACUGUAAUAAGGAGGUUCACAUCCUGGCUACGGAGGUUCUGACUCAUUUGCUGUCGGAGCUAAUCGCCAUCAUGAAGGAGAGCGGCAGAAGUCUGAUGUCGUAUAUCAAGGACCUGCUGAGUCGCUGCAAACUUCAGAAAGCGGUCCUAUAUUGUUGUUUGUCGUCAGUCUAUAAUUCCCGAAAGAAAGACUCUCGUGAGAAUUCUUCCAACAUCACAGAAGCCAUUAUUCAUUUUAAUGAGGAGAAGCUUGACCCGUCUUCCAAUGAAACAUUCCAAGUAAAGCUGCUUAAUUUACUGCUGGUCAUGAUCAUGUUGGAGCACAACGUUCAGAAAAUUCAAAAUGAAAGCGAGACUACUGCCCCACAGGCCCAGGAAUGGGAAAAACAGAAAGUGAAUUUCCACCAAUCGCUGAUGAAUGUUAAAUUCACUUUGGGCCAGCCUGUAGUUCAGCAGCAAAUGUUUAUUUCUUGUGUUCUUAGUGCCUUAAAACAGCAACACAUGCUUCACAUGCACAGACAUUGGGUUGCUAUGGUAACUUCUAGUCUGCCAUAUAUGGGAAAGUCAUUGACUAGCAUUGUUUUAAAUGUGACAUCACAGCUAUGUAGGAAUUUGGAAAUUCUAGCAGUGUCAUACAGACCCAAGGAUCAAAACCUACAGGAAAGUGGUAACCAGAGUUCUCUCCCUGUGGACCACAUUGUCAGUAUCCUGGAGGGGCUGACCACACUGUGUCACUACUGUCUCCUGGACAAUGUGGCUCCCGUCUCCGUGGGACUCCAGACCCCCAAUACAACUGCAGUCACCAUGGAAACCAGCAGUGCAGGACAGAUUCUUAACAAUUUAAUAAAUGUCUUCAACCCCUCCACCAACAGCAGGGAGGUCAGUCCAACUCGUGAGUUAACCCCAGCCCCGGUGAUGGAGGCACGUCGCGGUCUAUUGAGCAUCAUGCCCCGGAUCAUUGCCUGUAUGGCCUCUCUAUGGAGAGCUGUGAAUGUUGAUGAGGACUCUGGUAAAGUACAGGAGAGCCACACUUGGAUCAUGGGGCGACCAAAGGUGAUUCGUCAGUGUGUGUUGAGUUUUCUGAGUCCUUUGUCCCUCCCUCACGGAAUUCACCUUCUGGGGGCAGUGGGUGUGGCCUGGAAUGACCGCCGCAAGAAAGUUUCACCUUCCAAUAGAAAGAACAUCCCAUGUGAGGAGCAGCUAUUGUUGGUGGAUCUAAUUAGUGCUAUAAGAGUACUACCGACAGACACUCUCGUACAGACCAUAAACAGAGUGUUAAAACAGCCGCCACAGACCGAGAUAGGGAAAAGCAAGAAGAGUGUUCCUUUGGAGGUAAACAUGCUGCAGUUCUUUUAUGCCUAUGUGCAGCAGACUCCGGUGGCCCAGUUACUGGAUUCCUGGGGGUCUCUGCUGGCUCUGCUUAGGGACGGGAUGCAACUUAACCUCUCUCCACCCGGGAAAUUCCUUCUUCUGCAGAUCGUCUGUGAGUUUGUUCAGAAGAUUCCACAGAUAGAGGAGAAAAAGAACCAAAAGGAGCUGCAGGAACUGGCGCAGCGGAUCCUUGAGAUGAUCGGACUCAUCGCCGGGUCAUCCCUGGAGCAGACCACGUGGCUCCGGAGAAACCUGGCUGUCAAACAGACACUGCAGAUUGCAGGAUCAGAAGUGGAUGAUGAGUCAGAGACAGACCAGGAGAUGACUGAGAGAAAAGUGGCGGACCCUAAACAGAUCAGUGCCUUUGAUUCUAAGUACAGUGUCCAGGCCUUGUCCUUGCUGGCAGAGCUUACAGCUCCCCUGCUGGAUGUAAUAUACAGCAGUGAUGAAAAGGACAAGGUGGCACCGUUUCUGUCUACCAUAUUGUAUAAUGUAUUCCCGUAUCUCAGAAAUCACAGUCUUCACAACGCCCCGAGUUUCUGUGCUUGUUCCCAGAUCCUGGCCUCGGUCAGUGGUUAUCAGUACACUCGGAAGGCCUGGAAGAAAGAGGCCCUGGAGAUCCUGCUGGACCCGAGCUUCUUCCAGAUGGAGAUUAAGUGCAUCGGCUUCUGGCGAUCAGUAGUGGACAAUCUGAUGACCCAUGACAAGACCACAUUCAAGGACCUGAUGAGCAGAGUGACUUUCACACAGUCUGGUUCCCUGAACCUGUUCAGCUCCAAGGAACAGGAAUUAGAACAGCGGGCUCAAAUGUUAAAGAGACUGGCUUUCACCAUCUUCUGUAGUGAACCGGACCAGUACCAGAGAUCAAUGCCAGAUAUACAAGAGCGUUUGGCGGAGUCCCUUCGUGUGCCUCAUCAGGCCCCGUCUGUCAUGGCCCAGGUCUUCCUGUGUGUCCGAGUCCUAAUUCUCCGGAUGUCCUCUCAUCAACUGACCUCACUCUGGCCUACGGUCAUCACCGAAAUGGUUCAUGUCUUCAUGCAGAUCGAACAGGAACUGUCUAACGAUACAGACGAAUUCAACGUGUAUUUACGCAGCAAGAGCAGAACUCAGAUUGCACGGAUUGCAGCGCUGGACUCGAGCUGGGCUCACCUUGGCAACGGUUUGAAUGCCCACAACAAUCCUGCGUGGCUCCAGUUGUAUCUGAGCGUGUGCAAACUACUGGACCUAGCUCUAGCCUUGCCUGCUGACCAUGUGCCUCAGUUCCAACUGUACCGCUGGGCCUUCAUCGGUGGAGUGGCUGCCGGGAAUGACAAUGGUAACAGCGAGGAGGACGAGGAGGAAGAAGAGAAGAGAGAGGACAAAAAGAAGAAGAAAAAGAAGAAAAUAAAAUUUGUCCCCCACAUCAUCCGUUUAACCAGACUCAUCAAUGAAAGGGUUGGUGGAGUGACACCCAUUAUGAAGCAGACUCAGGGGAGACCACUUCUGACACAGACAUAUCUAAACUCCCUGUCUGAGUUACAGCCCUUCUUUAACACUCUUUGUUAUGCUGGAACAUCAGACAGUAAAUAUGUAAUAGUGGGGCAGAAGUCCGGCAAACAUGUGACCCAGAAUGGAAUAGGUCAAGGUCACAGGAAAGGGAUUUCCAAGUCCAGGUCCACUCCCGCCAAAAUGGACAAAUUCCAGAGGCCAGACAGCCAGCAAGCCCAGCAGCAGAGGAGCAACAAGCAGUUUAUAGAGGACCUCAUGGAGAGGGACUUCCUCGAGCGCUGUCCCUUACACUGAGGCGGGGGUGGGGUCAGGAAGUUAAAGCUUUCUUACGUAUAUUUCUUUGCUGUGAAUCAUGGGUUGAAUUCAAACAGUAUAUAAGUAAUAUUAGAUGUACACAUAAAGUAUGUUAUAUGGUGAAGGAGAAUCAAUUUGUGAACUAGAGAUAGCUUUACUAUACACAUGUUGAUAGCAUUAAUUAAUUAGCAAUGCUUGAUUGAUUUGGUCAUUAUCUUAACGGGUGCUUUAUUUAGCUUUACCCUUAGUGAUGAAAUAUUAACUUUAUGAUUAUGUUUGACUUGUGUAACACAAAUUUUUUUCUAGUCGUAUUAUGUAAUGUGCAAUUUAUUUUGUUUUUAAACAUUGCUUUGCUUUAAGUUAUGUAUGUGUGUGUAAUUGUAAAUGGUAUUGGCAAAUGCAAUUAUCAAAACAAUAUGAUUUUUAAGAUGAAGAUUAUUAACAAGAUUUGAUGUUUUAUCCACACUUGAAUUGUAUCUUUGCAUAUCUUACGUACUCUAAGAUGAGAUGAGCUCUUUCUGCAGGCCACAUUUACAGAGCUUUUGGCCAACAUAUUGCUGUUUCUACAUUAAUUUAUUGUUUACAUUGAGAUAUUUAUAUAAAGCUUUGUUACCACAGAUUAAUUGUUCUUGUAUUACGCAAUUACAUAAUUUGGCAAAAUUGCAUUUCGAUGUUAAAUUGUGAAAAUGUGAAAUUGGAGAAGCACUUUGGGGCUGAAAGAACUUAAUCUUUAGUUUCUCAGGCAUUGAUAUAUUAGAAUGAAAACUACUGCAUUAGACAUAUUGAAAAGGGGAAUAACUCAUUUUUCAUUUUCUUUUUAUGCAUGUUAAACUGAGAAAGGAAAGAUUAUUAUUUUUGGCCUAAUGUUAUACAUGUAAUUUUUUAUAGGAAGAAAAAAUAGAUUAGGAAAAGCAAGAAUUUGGAUUUCACAUCUCACAAAUUAGCUUGAAAAAUGAUAAUUUCUUGCAUAAGUGAUCUACUGUAUGUUGAGUGGAUAUGUGUAUGGUUUUUUCUUUUGUUUUUAUUUUUAUUUUUUGUUUCCUUUGUGGAAAAUGAGGUGUGUUAAACCAAUGUAAGUUUUCAAUUUUGUAUGUAUGCAAUAUCCAGUUUAAAGUUACAUACAUGUACAUGUAUAUAUACUGAGCAUUUGAACAGCCUACUUGUGCAAUGCACAUAUCAGAUAGAAAGUGGUUUGGGAACAUACAUAUACCUGAUCAGGAGAUAGAGUUCACGGCAGGUGUUACCAGUCAACGGGGGUGCUUGCUCCUCUUUGGCACCUGAACCCGCUUCUGGGACCUGUGUUUGCUCUGCUCUCAAUUUUGUAUUCUCUAUCUAGGAUUUAUGAGAUUGAUCACUGUUUAUUAUCUUAUAAAAAUGGUCUAAUCUGACACCCAUUUCAAUUCUGAUGUCAAUUUCGAUUCCCAGUUGCCCUUUCUCUGUGUUCUUUACACUGUGCAGUCUACGAGAUUUAUUGUGUGAUUAGUGGUGUACGAUAUAACUCUGUCAUCCAGGCAAUAAUAUUUUGAUAUCUGUUUCCAUAAUACAUAAUAUUUUGUUUUUAUUUAUUUUUUAAUUAAUUUUUUUUUUUUUUUUUUUUUGUUAAGUGUUAAUUGUGCAAGUUGUUUAUAUAUCUUAGCUGUUCUUCCAUUGAUCACAUUCCUGGUUAUUUAUUCAUGUAUUGACAUGGUGUGAAGGAUUUGAAUCUUUACUAUACAUAUACACCUGUAAUUGUAAUUUUCCUCCAUAAGCAUCAGAUUCUUUAUUUCCUUAAGCUAUACAGCUCAUUGGUUUAUAUACAACAUAUUUACAAAUAAGACAGUUGGGUGUCAGUAGACAUACAGAUACAAUUUGAGGAUUUAAAAUCAAUGCAUUUCAAUAUGCAUAUAACAAUACACGUCGAUAAUUUGUUGUUGCAAAGUACAGCAUUUCAUAAAUUACAUGAAGAUCGUAAUUUUGUAGCCUGUUGUAGGAACUUUCCUACAAUAUAGAUGUACAAGAAAAUUCAAACCUCAUUUUUUUCGCCCAUUCAGCCCUUAUGCUAAACGGGCAAAAUCAAAAUAGGUUUUCAGGUGAAUUUAAAAAUGGAACAGACUUGUUUUUUGUUGUUGUUUUUUUUUUAAUUUAUCUGGGCAAAACACUUCUCUGUACACAGUAUAUUCCACAUAAUGAGAGACUGAUAAGAAAACAUUUAUUACUGCUCACCUACAUUAGCCAAGGGUUACCCCAUCCAAGGUUUCUCUCCUUUUCAGGUGAGAAGGAAAGAACUGAAGAUUGUUACUGCUUUACAGAUUUCUACUCCGAAGUUAGACAGGGUAACUUUUACCACAGGUACACCCUGUAAACCAAAGUUUUUAGAUUCAAUUUUGUGAGUUCUUCAGUUCUGAGGGGUGACAUUUCCAUGUGAGUCAAUGGCUAGACCUUAUGUUUUAACACAGUGACUUUUAACACAGUGACCUUUUUACAUGUACAGAUUUACAACGUCUCGCUGUUUGAGGGAUGCUGAUGUGCACACUAAUUAUCCACAGUUUGAUUUCAUUUGUUGUACAGAUUCUCUCAGAACUGUCUAUUGCCCAAACUCUCGGAUUUUGAUUUCAUUUGUACUACAGAUUCUCUCAGAACUGUCUAUUACCCAAACUCUCAGACUUUGUCACAGUGUCCUGGUGUGUAUCUGGGAGAUAUUUUAAUGUCUGCCGGCGUCGUGUGGGUGUGGAGAACUCUGAUAUUAAUAUUGAUACCAGAAUCUUUGUUGUUUUUUUAACUGCUCUCUGUUCCAAACUAACAGCAGAGUUUGAUUCCUAAUGAAAAAUCAAACAGAGACUUGAUUUAGUUAUAGUUCAACUGCUGUUAUUCAGGCAGAAGUUGAUUGCUUUUCUUUCGAGCUUUUGUGUCAACUUCCCAAGUACAAACCCUGUUAACUUCAUUAGCAUAAAGUGAAGAUUUUAUCUCAAAUAUUUUGAGACUUGAAUCUAAUGAGAAAUUUAAAACUGUGAUAUGAAAUUUAAAUGUUUGCCAAUAAAACAUUAACUUAGAACUAUAAAAA